CUUACUUAACACUGCAGGGUGUUAGCACACACCAAAGUUCGUUCUCUUGACUUCAGUGACAGCAGAGGCUUCAGCUUAUUUUAGGGCUGAUUCGCUAUUCAGAAACAACUAAAAUUCUUGACAAGUACUAAGAAUGCUUUUCAAUUGCCGCUUUUCAUCACAGGCACUCAGGGCUUUAAGUCGGAGCUAUGCUACUAAGUCGGGUUUAAAAGAAGUUGUUAUUGUGAGCGCUGUGCGUACACCAAUUGGAUCUUUCCUGGGCUCCCUAUCUGCACUCCCAGCUACAAAACUUGGGUCAGCUGCCAUCAGUGCUGCUGUCAAGAAGGCAGGAAUUGCUCCAGAAAAUGUCAAUGAAGUAUAUAUGGGCAAUGUUCUGCAAGGUCGUCAAGGUCAAGCACCAGCCAGACAAGCCACCCUUGGAGCAGGUCUGCCCAUCUCCACCCCCACCACAACCAUCAACAAGGUCUGCGCCUCAGGCAUGAAGGCCAUCAUGCUGGCAUCACAGUCUCUCAUGUGUGGCCACCAGGAAGUGAUGGUAGCAGGAGGUAUGGAGAGCAUGUCCAACGUCCCCUUCUACCUGAAGAGAGGAGCCCUGCCCUAUGGGGGCAUCAACCUGGAGGAUGGCAUUGUGUGUGAUGGCUUAACAGAUGCCUACAAUCACUGUCACAUGGGCAACUGUGCAGAGAACACUGCCAAGAAGUUUAACAUUGGCAGGGAGGCGCAGGACGAGUUUGCUGUCAGAAGCUACACACUCAGUCAGAAAUCUGCGGCUGCUGGAGUCUUUGCACCGGAAAUAGUUCCAGUGGAGGUGCCCCAAAGAAAAGGGGAUCCAAUCAAAGUUGCUGAAGACGAAGAAUACAAAAAAACAGAUUUCACAAAGUUUAAAAAUCUGAAACCAGUGUUUCAAAAAGAGAAAGGAACCGUAACUGCAGCAAACGCCAGUACACUGAAUGAUGGAGCUGCAGCCCUUGUCUUGAUGACUGCUGAAGCUGCCAAGAAAUUUGGAGCCAAACCUCUAGCCAGGAUAGUCAGUUUUGCUGACGCUGCCAUUGACCCCAUAGAUUUCCCAACUGCACCAGCCUAUGCUAUCCCAAAGCUGUUCGAGAGCUCUGGGGUGAAGAAAGAUGAAGUGGCCCUGUGGGAGAUCAAUGAAGCUUUCAGUGUUGUGGUGCUGGCCAAUGUGGAGAUGUUGAAGCUGGACAUCAACAAAGUCAACGUUCAUGGUGGUGCUGUCAGUAUUGGACAUCCCAUUGGAAUGUCAGGAGCCCGCAUCACAGGUCACCUGGUACACAACCUGAAGGCUGGAGAGUUUGGUGUGGCAAGUAUCUGUAAUGGAGGGGGCGGGGCAUCCGCCAUCUUGAUACAAAAGCUCUGAUCUGUUGACAUUUUGUUUGAUGUAAUCUUAGCUGGUGGAGCAUUCUAGAACUUUUCUAGCUGUGUGAGCUAGUACCAGACAAUGAGUGCUCACCUUGAUGUGAUAAUAUUUGAACUGGUGUGAAUGUGAGAGCAUGGGAUGUUUUUUCUUCAGUUUAGUGUGAGGGCUGAAAGAUCAAAUACAAAAUGUAGGGUGGUUGUGUGAAGGCCACCUACUAUAACAUGUCAUUGUAAAUGUUUGAUCCUAGUUAUUGUGCCAUAUAACAUGCUUAUUAAAUGCAAUUCAAUUAAAAU